CUCUCUAUGUAUCGCGAAUUCAGCGAUUCCUAAAUCCAUCUCCCUUUAAUUUCCAACUUUUUCUUUUUUCUCUUUUUUCUUUUUUCUUCAAGAUUUCUGCUUUGUUAUGGCUGACACCAAAACCCAGGCGUUUCUUUUAGCUGGCAAGAAGAGGACUGGUCAAGAUGAUUUAGACGGCGAUGAUUGUAUUCUUGCCAAGAAAUCCUCGCUCUUAUCUCCUGCCCUUGCCUAUGGCGACGAUCCUAUUGCUGCAUUAGCUGCUUCACGCCACGAGUUCGGUGAACAUGGAGGCGUUAACAUGUCUAUCGAGGCAUCCGCUACUUUCACCGUCAUGGAGCCCGACACCAUGCGUCGUAUGUUCUCCGGUGAGCUGGGUCCUGAUCGUGACUUCUUCAUUUACAGUCGUCACUUUAAUCCCACGGUGUUGAAUCUUGGCCGCCAGAUGGCCGCCCUGGAAGGAACAGAGGCUGCCUAUUGCACUGCUAGCGGUAUGUCUGCGAUAUCCUCGGUGUUAUUGCAGCUUUGCAGCAGCGGAGGACACGUGGUUGCUUCGGCGACUGUGUAUGGUGGGACUCAUGCCCUGUUGAGCCAUUUCUUACCAAGGGCAUGCAACAUAACGACGACAUUUGUUAACAUUACCGAUCUAGAUAUGGUGAAAAAUGCUAUAAUUAAAGGCAAGACGAAGGUGUUAUACUUCGAGUCUAUGUCGAACCCCACUCUCACCGUGUCUAACAUCCCUGAACUCAGCAGAAUUGCUCAUGACAAAGGGGUCAUGGUGGUUGUAGACAACACUUUUGCUCCAGUCGUACUCUCUCCGACACGUUUAGGGGCUGACGUGGUUGUGCAUAGUAUUACCAAAUUUAUCAGCGGUGGAGCUGAUAUUAUUGCAGGUGCUAUCUGUGGGCCGGCUAGCCUAGUGAACUCAAUGAUGGACCUUCACCAAGGCACACUAAUGCUUCUUGGACCUACAAUGAAUGCGAAAGUAGCCUUUGAGUUAUCAGGUAGAAUUCCACAUUUGGGCCUCAGAAUGAAGGAACAUUGUCACCGAGCAAUGGAAUUCGCCACCAGAAUGAAGAAACUAGGCCUCAAAGUCAUCUACCCAGGCCUUGAAGACCACCCACAGCAUGAGCUCUUGAAAUCCAUGGCCAAUAAGGAUUAUGGUUUCGGUGCACUUCUUUGCGUUGACAUGGAAACUGAGGAAAGGGCUAACCGAUUGAUGAACCACUUGCAGAACUUCACUCAGUUUGGGUUAAUGGCUGUGAGCUUGGGCUACUAUGAGACCUUAAUGUCUGUGUCUGGUAGUAGCACCAGUAGUGAAAUGAGUGCUGAGGAAAAGAAACUGGCUGGAAUAUCACCUGGACUAAUCAGGAUGUCUGUUGGUUACAUAGGGACUUUGGAGCAGAAAUGGAGCCAAUUUGAGAAGGCCCUUUCCAAAAUGCAGGACUCAGGCUUUGCCUACAAGAAUUUAGCUUCACUUGGUACAAAGUAGAAGCAUAUAUAAUAGAUAGCCUUAGAAAUAAGAUAGUUCUGAGUGGUUUUCCUCCUGCAUUAUGCAAUAAUAAAUCAAAUAACCUUGUUAAUGUGCAUGUACAAAGUCAAACUCGUUUAAGGAAUCUAUGUUGCUUUAGUGCUGAAA